AUGACAGAGCACAGCUGCAUUACACUGACACAUGGGGACCCAAACAAGGGCCAUGGCAUUGCAAAGAAACACUCAGUUGGGUUCAUUCUUCCCAAUUUAGAAGUGAAGUUCAUUAAUCCUGCCACGGGUCAGUCACUCCCCAAGAACACCCCGGGUGAGAUUUGUGUGAGAAGCCAAUGCGUGAUGCAAGGUUACUACAAAAAUGAGUACGAGACUGCCCUCACCAUCGAUGAAAAUGGAUGGCUUCACACUGGUGACAUUGGUUUCAUCGACGAAGAUGGAGAUAUUUUUCUCGUGGAUCGCAUCAAAGAGUUAAUCAAGGUCAAAGGAUUUCAAGUUGCUCCUGCUGAAUUAGAGGGCAUCCUUCUAACUCAUCCUUCGGUCGAAGAUGCUGCUGUCGUGGGACUGCCCGAUGAAGCAGCAGGGGAGAUACCAGGUGCAUGUGUGGUGAUGAACUCGAGGGCAAAAGAGAGUGAAGAGGAAAUUAUGGAGUUUGUUUCAUCUAAUGUAGCACAUUAUAAGAGAGUGAGAGUGCUGCAAUUUGUGGACAAAAUCCCAAAAUCGCCUUCAGGAAAGAUAAUGAGAAGGCUUAUCAAAGAAAAGAUGGUUGAAAAUAUAAAACCCAACUCCAAAAUUGGCGUAGAAAGACGGCUUUUGAAGUGA